UAAAGCUCUUUUAGAGAGUUGCUCUUGAGAAAACCUUCAGUUCAGACAAAUUGUGUCAAGUAAAUGUCCAUUUCAGUGUACUAGUUCAAUGAGAUGCAUCAUUGUCCGCCAAACCUAUGACACCUGAUACCUGAACUGGACAGCCUGCACCCAAUUAACCUGGCGCUCUUCAUAUUCCGUACUGAACCGCAUUCGAUCUAUACCUGGAAGUGAAUCCGAAAUGCCAAAUCAACGGACACGAGCGGCUUUCGAGCCGAUCUCUCCUGCUAUCGAUGUUCCAGCGCUCGUGGAGUCAACGCCAAAUUUCGAAUAUGUGACAAGAAUCGAUUGCGAAUCAAUAGAUGACAACGGGCUUGAAAAUUUCGAGAAGCUAGUUUUUCUUCACGUUAUCUUCCGUGGAAUGCCUUUAGUUAUCGAGGGGUUUAAUGAAAGGCUAGACAGUUCCUUAUUUUCAGAAAAGUGGUUACGAACCCACUAUUCGACGAAGACGGAGGUCGCCAGGAACCUUACAACGAAGACUGACCUUCCUCUCACAAUCGGCCACUAUUUGAAGAAUAUGCCUAUGCUCGCAAAUCAGUGGACUACAUACAACUAUAAAGACCCUGAACGUCAAAGAAUCUACUUGAAGGAUAUUGACUGUCCACAGCAAUGGCACACUCAUCUAAAGAAGAUCAUACCUCCUACCCUUUUCUACCUCAACAAGUCCCGGGAAGAUUUCCAAGGUCCGGGGGCAAAUACUGCCUCAAUAUCUGAUACCCCGGAGACCCUAAUACCCAAGGCUGGCGAUCUUAUGAGUUGCCUUCCUCCCAACAUGCGUGCGGAAAAUUUGAUGUGUUAUAUCGGCCAUGAGGGUACUUACACCCCAGCCCAUCAAGAAAUGUGCGCCAGUCUUGGUCAAAACAUAAUGGUUGAAGCGUCAGAUGGUUCUAUUGAGUAUGGGAAAGCGACUAAGCCAGGAUCUUCAAUCUGGUUUAUGACAGAGACCAAAGAUCGUCAUGUUGUGUCGGAAUAUUGGCUGUCGAUGUUGGGUCACGACAUUGACAUUGAAGAUCAUUUUGCUCAGAUUGAAGCGUGGAAAUCAGCCCCCUUCAAAACCUAUGUUGUUGAACAGAAGCCAGGGGAUUUCAUUAUCAUCCCGCCGUUGGCUGCACACCAAGUGUGGAACCGAGGUACAAGAACAAUGAAGGUAGCUUGGAACCGUACUACUGCAGAAACACUAGAUCUGGCUUUGAAUGAAGCAUUGCCGCACGCCAGAAUGGUUUGUCGGGAUGAGCAGUACAAGAAUAAGGCAAUCGUGUUUUACACCCUUGAGUAUUACUCGAGUAUCUUUGCCAGACACGAAACGGACGGUACAAGGACCCAGCAAUUACAAAAAGAUUUUGAACAUGUUUUUAUCUUGUAUACAACUAUUCUCAUCUCUGAGUGCUUUCCGAGCGCGGACGUUUGCCCCAAAAAAGAGGAUGUUGAAUAUAUCCCUUUCGACGGCAGUAUCACUUGCUCUUAUUGUCGUGGCAACAUAUUUAACAGGUUUCUCACUUGUCCGUGGUGUGUGGGUGAGACGGAUGACUCCUACGACAUCUGCAUGGAAUGUUUUGCUAUGGGCAGAAGUUGUGCUUGCAUAUCCAAGUUGAAGUGGGCUGAGCAAUUCAGAUGGGAUGAGCUCACCGAGAAGCAUGAAAGGUGGAGACGCAUAGUAAACCACUUUCCGGGCGAUAAGCGAGUUCAGUAUAACUCCUUGUUAGACAUAAUGACCGAAUUGCAAAAGGACAGGAAGACAUUGGCAGAGAUCUGCUACGAACAAUUGAGAUGUCGGCCCUGGAAUGACAUAUCAAAGCCAGCCGUCCAAGAAGCCCAGGAAAAGCACAGCGAUUCGGAAUCAAGCGGUGUUGUCCGGAAGCGGAGGAAAACCAAUGGAAACCGCAAGUUCGACCAAACUGGCCGAUGCCACAUUUGCAAAUCCAGUGAACCGAAGUGGCGGCUCGCUUGUUGUUCAGAAUGUCAGUUGGAAUAUUGCUACGGCAGCCUCUUCAGAGCCUUCAAUAUGAAACCGCAGGACGUCAUGGAAAUGAAGACCUGGAAAUGCCCGAGGUGUGAAAAGGUUUGCAGCUGCGCUGCAUGUCGUCGAGAUCCUUCGAUAACUCCUUUUGAACCCACAAUAACACUUCCCGGUCAUGAUACUGCAAAGGUAGCUGAUCCGCGUAGUGUGGAGAGCUUAGUGGACUUCCGCCAGUCGAAUUCUCAAUGGCUGAAGAAAGCAGGAGAUGACGAUAUCGGUCGACUGAGGAAACACCAAGAAGAGGCUGAUGCGAGAAGAAACCAGUCUUUAUUGGACCACUCCAUCCAAUUGGAGGAAAUCAUGCCGGAGCAAGAUCAAACACCAGGCUAUAGCCCUCAAAAGGGCUUCUUGGUUGAGAGCUAUCCAGGUGAAUUUGGAGACCUACCGGUGGACCCUGCACUUGAGAUGUUAGGCAGCUCAGCCCCAAGUCUACCCGAUUCCAGAAAUCAAUCAAGUGUUAAAGAAUAAAGAACAAUUCCAGCAUGUCAUAAAAGCC